AUGUGCUGUGACAUGGCGCUGUCUGGCUACGGCAUGGGUUCAUGCUGGGACGGCUGGCGUUUCACCUUCGAUCGCUGCUGCUUCGUGGGCGAGGCCCCGGCUUUCCACGCUGGCACGAAGCUUCUGCUGCGGCCACCCAAGCCACCAGCAGCGCCUAAGCCGGGGUCCGCAAGCUCUCGGCCUGCAGGUAUGGAAUGUUGGCAGGACGAUUUCACCUAUGCCUACUGCUGUUUGCACAAAGGCACAGACUGUUGGGACGAACGCUUUACACGAGCGGCGUGCUGUGAUGGCAUCCCUGACCCGCUAGAGGCGUUAGCAUGCAAAGAGCAAGCAGACCUUACAGUGUCCUGUCUUUUGUACACACGGAACCUGGCACUGGAUCUGGAACAGACGCCCAAGCACUGUCCGAGAGAGCGCUUCUUUCUUCUUGCAUCAUUGGGUCCUCCACUGCUUGGCGAAGAUUGGACUGGGACGUUUUGGUUUCAGAAGCCUCGAGGGAUUGAGGCCAGGUUGGUGUAUUGA